CUGCCUGCUGCAGCGUGCGACCAAGGUGUCCUUGGCCUUGAUUCGGAAUCAUUUGUGUCAGGCUUACUUACGGUCGCCCAUCGGCUCCCAUGUACCGUCCCGCAGGGGUGGCGGCCAGAGCGGUCUACGGUGUGAAGGCUCCAGACACACAGCACAGCACAACACAGCACAAGCACAGGCCUACGUACACCUCGGACGGGCUGCACGCUGUCUAGGUGGUCAGUUGCCAGUCUGGGCUCCGGAAAAGGCUGGAGGAUGGCGUUGGCUGGCUGGCUGGCUGCCUGCCUGCCUGGUUGGAACGGCCUGCUCGCCGCCCGCCACCAAUCACAUUCUGGAAGCGACGAGAGCCUGUCAUCAACGCUUCGCCGCGCGCCGAGUGGAUGCGACGACUCGUUUUCCAGCAUCACAAAAGCACACUCGAAACAGAGGCGGCCGGCACCCGAGACAGAAACGCCUCGCGCCCAUCUCGUUGCACGAGUCGAGGAGCAGGCAACGACGGCCGGGCGUGGUCAGACAAACAACCAGGCCGUGCGACCUGCCUAGAAGGCACAAUAGGUGGCCCAGUUACCGAUAGUACCCACCCACCCUUCCGUCUGCCUGCCUCGGGCGCCCGAACACAUUGAAUGCCUCCCUGCAGGCAAUCGUGUCGCCUUCUCUCUGCGCCGCCACUCGCCAACGGCCAAGAUCGGCCCCUCCCAACCGAGCCAACCACCCCCAGCAACCUUCCCACACCGUCGAGCCCUACCUGCCGCUCAAACGUCCAUUUAUUUGUCCCAUUCGUGUUGUGUUUGCUGCAAGUCCCCACGCCCGACUGGUGACCAAUACACCCCGUUAUUGCUGAAUCGAUACAUCAUGCACUUGCGCACUCUGGGCCUAAGUUUCGGACCGAGAAAAAAGACUGAUUUGGCCAGAGCACUGGCGCCCCGAGUGCCCGAUUUGCUCGGUUUGUUUGGGUCCGCGCUUCCCUCGACAGC